AUGACUGUGUUUACUUCCCUGGAGCUGUCCCUUUGGGACGUACGAAUGCCCUUUUCAGAUGAAGUGAAGUACUCUAUUCUGGGCAUUUCUAUUGGUCUUUUCCUUUUAUCUCUUUGUAUUCUAAUGUGGCAACUACAUCGUUACUGCAGUCAAGCCAAUUCCAGGACUAAUGGUAAGUUACUUCAGUGGGAAUACUGUCCAAAUUGCACGGAGAUCACUAUUGCAGAUUUUUACUUAUUUGAUCAUACUGAUGAGGUGAACAGGCUGAGUCGCUGUUUGUCUCCUGGCUCCUCUCUCUCAGAUCUGGACAGUGCGGUUGAGCAGGAUGAGGAUGAAGAGGAGGAGCAGGUUCAGGGCUCUUUGCGUUUCUCACUCUUCUAUGAUCAGGUCCAGUCCAGACUUGUGGUGACCGUACUAGAAGCAAAGAACCUGGCUGUGAGGGGCUUCAGCCGCAGCGUGGACCCUUUUGUUAGAGUCCGAGUGCUCUGGGGAGAGAGCGAGGAAGAGGAGAAGGUCUCGUCGCUCCAGCUUUAUUGCGUCCUGCACGAGUGGCAGACACGUUUUGUGAAGGACAGCCAUAGCCCUCUGUUUGGAGAUCAGUUCUCUUGCACACUAGCUGAAGAAGAUAUCCCCAAAAUCAUUGUCAGGCUAGAGGUCCGAGACUUUGAUAAAUUCUCUAGACAUGGGAUUCUAGGGGAAGUCAGAGCAAAUUUAGAGAAUCUGAGAAUCUCCUAUCCCCUGGAGAUGCUGGAGGAUUUGCAAAAACCAAAAAAGGACAAAGUUGGAGAGGUGCUUCUCUCACUCAAAUACAUGCCCACCUCUCAGAGAAUAGAAGUGGGGGUACUGAAGAUCAGGUCCUUGUCCCAGCUGAGUAAAGGAGAGAAAGUACUCUACGCCAGGAUCAGCGUCGUUUGCAACCAGUGCAAACUUCAUGCCCAGAGGACCUCUCAGAAGACUCCUUGGGAAGUGACAGUAUUCAAUGAGGUCAUGACCUUUAUUCUGCCUGACUCCCAGAUAAAGGAAUGCAUGAUCACGGUUACAGUUUACGAGAUGCAGCCUGGCAGAAAGAGCUCAAAGCGUCUGACUGGCCAGAUUAUGCUUGGAAAGGGGAAGAACAUAGAGGAUGAGCACUGGACACUGAUGAUGCGAUCUCUGCGACAACCAAUUGCCAAAUGGCAUUCACUCUACAUAUGA